AUGCUGGCAAAGAUGGAAGAAGACCCGCAAUUUUUUAAUCAAAUUUUGUGGAGCGAUGAGUCAACGCUUAAAAGAGACGGUUACUUAAAUUUACACAAUUUACAUAGUUGGGAACUAGAAAAUCCCCAUCUUAUGCGUGAAGACAGGUCGCAAUACCAAUUUAAAAUAAAUGAUUGGACCGGAAUAUUAAAUGGUAUGAUAAUUGGCCCAUUUGAAUUACCGGGGAAUUUAACGGGGCAAAGUUAUUUGGAGUUUCUUCAAAAUGAUCUCCCCAAUUUAUUACAAGAGGUUCCCGAGGAGCUGAGGGAAUCGUAUUGGCUGCAAAAUGACGGUUGUCCUGCGCAUUAUGCUGUUCCGGUUCGUGCAUAUUUAAAUAGCAGAUACCCAAAUAGAUGGAUCGGACAUCUAGGGCCAAUUUUGUGGCCUCCACGUUCACCGGAUCUAAAUCCAUUGGAUUUUUUUUUUACUGGGGCCGUCUGA